UCCAAUCAGAUCAUACAUGUAAUCGUCGCCGUGUAGCCUGAUUUUGCUUUCGGUCCUUUUUGAAAUUUUGCUCAUGGGUGGUUCUAAAGGGACAAAAUUCCUUCACCGCUCUACCAGCGUUUGAUUUGGAAGACUUAUGGCAGGUGGCGCAGUUCCGAAAGAUAAUGCUGACCGCCACAUCGGGCUGGAGUUCUGAUAAGAGGGUACUUAAACCAGCCAAGGCCGAAAGUUGAAGACAUUGAGGGAGGCAAAAACUAUCACACACACCAUGAGAGGAACGCUGUUACUGUUCUUAUUAGUAGUAACAUUUCUGCACCAUCGGGUCGCAGGAUUUUCUUCCCAAAACGCCAGACAGGACCCGUCGAUUCCGAUAAAAAAUAUAACACGAGCGGACUGAUCGCGAGCAAGGGGUACCCCGUAGAGGAGUUUGACGUGGUUACCAGUGACGGCUACAUCCUCACCGUGCAAAGGAUACCCUGGGGUCGGGCUGAUAAGCCAUCAAAAGCCGUUCGUCCGGUUGUGCUUCUUUGGCACGGUCUUCUUUCGAUUUCAUCCUGCUGGGUGAACAAUUUCGCCAAUGACAGCCUCGGUUUCAUGCUGGCGGACGCCGGCUUCGACGUGUGGCUAGGCAACAGCCGCGAGAACACGUACGGACGUCGCCACAUGACGCUGAACACUACGGACAAAGAAUUCUGGCAGUUCAGCUGGGACCAGAUGGCGCAACAGGACCUCCCGGCCGCCAUUGACCGGAUACUAGCUAUCACCGGCGUCAGCAGCCUUUUCUAUGGCGGUCAUUCGCAAGGGGGCGCCAUCAUGUACGCGCUCAUGUCACAUGACCCAUCAUACGCCACCAAGGUGAAGCUGUUCGUCGCCCAUGCCCCCGCCGUGUAUGGGAACACGAUGACGAGUCCUAUCAAGUACAUCGCGCCAUUCUCGAAGGGUCUAGGCCCCAUUGGAGAACUACUGACGCACGGCGAGUUGCUACCGCACAGCGAGGUGUACGACUUCCUCGCCAAGUACGUGUGCAAUCAGGCCAUCAUUCCGGAAUUGUUCUGUGAGAACCUGCUCUUUGUCAUCAGUGGCUUUGACGUGGAACAAAUGAACAUAUCACGUGUGCCAGUCUAUAUGGGCACUCACCCUGCUGGAACUUCGAUCCAGAACCUGCUGCAUUUUGCUCAGAUGGUGGAGAACCCCAACUUUCAGAUGUACGAUUAUGGGCCAGCGGAGAACAUGAAAAUCUAUCAUCAGAAAACCCCGCCUGUGUAUGACAUGAGCAAUGCUACUAUGACGUCAUAG